CAAGUGGGGGGUACCAGUGAGAAGGCAUAUUGUGGGAUCUUAGCAGUGGAAUAGGUGGCUGGUGUGGAGGCGGGGCUUGAGGUAGGAGGGGCUAUGGGAGGCGUGUCCAAGGGGAUGGGAGAAUGAUGCUGGCGACACCGUCAUGCUGCUCCCCGUCGCCCCACCCUCAGCCUCUGCUGCUGCUGCUGCUGCUGCUCCCCGCCGCACCUCAGCCGCUCCCCCAGCCCGUGCCACACGUGCUACAACCACCACCAACACUAUAUUAUUGAGGACUAUUAAAGCCUUCAAGUAUGAGCAGUAGUGAAAGUGACGAUGACUCACUUCAGCUGUCAGCCCAGACAAUGGGUGCAUUAUUGGAGUUUUAUAAGGAGCAAGAAGAAAGAAAAGAUAAGCUUCGGCAGAUUGAAGAGGGUGACAUUCCAGAUUUUUUUGAAGAAAAUUGGAAUAUGAGUCAGUUUUGGUAUUCAGAAGAGACUGCAACAAGUUUGGCAGAAGAGUGCAUAAGGGCUGCUGGUUGUAAUGGCUCCAUUGCCUGUGUUUGUUCACCAACACUCUACAGAAAGCUGAGGAAAAUGGAUCACAAUUGCUCCUUAAAACUUUUGGAAUAUGAUACAAGAUUUGCUGUUUUCAAGGAAGAUUUUAUCUUGUACGAUUUCAAGAACCCUUUAGAAGUUCCUCGAGAUUUAUUUGAAAAUUUUGAUGUUAUUGUAGCUGAUCCUCCAUAUCUGUCUGAAGACUGUCUUACUAAAACUGCUGUCACUGUAAAGUAUUUAAUGAAACCGAAUGGUAAAAUUAUUGUGUGUACAGGAUCGGUGAUGGAGGAACUAGCAGGCCGGUUAUUAGGAGUUAAUAAGUGUCAAUUUCAAAUUAAGCAUGUUAAUAGUCUUAGUAAUCCUUUUUGGUGCUAUGCAAAUUAUAACCUUGAUUCUCAUUGUAAAAUUGACUUAUGAAUAAAUAUUGGAACUCUUUGUUUAUGCUGCUAAAAUGUAAAACUACAGUAUUGAUACGACUUUUUCUCAUGUUAAAAUUUUGUUGUUGGUGAAUUGCAUAAUGUCAGUCACUAGUUUAGUUUUAAAAUUAUUGCAGCUUAAGCAACCCUCUACAUUUCAUCAUUAACACUUGUGUUUUGCUAUCUGAAUAUUCUUUACAUUUUGUUAUAAAAUAAUUAUAAUCA